AUGAUACCUGGCUCUCUCGCCUGGCUACUUGCACUGCCGGCCUUUGCGCUAGCCGCCCGCCCCAAGGAUGCCAUCAAGCUUUCUGAUGUGCGAUCUCUCACCCUCCGCGGUAAUGGAGCAAUGACCAAUCAUCGCCGUGUUGGCGCCAUCCCCCAGUUGCGUUGUGUCUCCAAGAAGGCGCUCUGUGAACUUUACGACGUUGAUGUGAUGCGCUGCACCAAUGAAGGCUCCGGCUGGGGUGAUGAGGAUAUUCAAUGGAGCUGUACUGCUUCACUUCCAGAAGAGCUCAAGCUUGUCACUACGGAUGUAAUCUGUGAGGGUUAUAACUCUCCCGACGACCCCUAUGUUCUAAAGGGUAGUUGCGGCGUCGAAUACAGAGUCGCCUUGACAAGGAAGGGCGAACGCCGUUAUCCAAAUAUCGCCAACGGAGGAUGGUUUAAUGACGGCAGAGGUGGUACUGACUGGGGGGCUCUGCUCUUCACGAUUCUUUUUUUCUCUAUUCUCGGCUGGAUCCUUGUCUCAGCGUGUUACAGAGCACAAGAGGCUGGCAGCAACCCCAACCGACCACGUCGCCGUCGCGACGGAUGGUCACCUGGAGGAUGGGGUCCCGACGGCGAUGACCCUCCACCUCCAUAUCCCGGUUCUAAGCCUUCUUCGCAAUCUGACACUUGGAGACCCGGGUUCUGGAGUGGUGCCGCAGGAGGAGCCGCAGCAGGAUAUUGGGCUGGUAGCCGUAAUCAGCAAAACCAUCAUAAUCACCACAACGAUGGGUAUGGCAGCAUCGGACGUGGAGGUUCUGGAUGGGGUGGUCGUUCUGGAUCGUCAUCUGGAUCCAACAAUUCAAAUCGUCAUGAGAGCACUGGUUUCGGUUCUACCAGUCGUCGAUAG